AUGAGAACAUCCGCGUCGAGGCAGGACCGAGUUUGCCAGAAGGGUCCGAGCCGGCGGUUGACAGACGACCGGCCGAGACGAAGGCGUGUGUCCCCGCACCAAGACGUCCUCCUGGAGCCGUCCUACCAAGUCUACCCGCAGCAGAAGUUCGGCGAGUUCCGAGGAACCAUCAGCGACAUCCUUGAACAGAUGAUACCCGAGACAUUAGCCAGGAUGCCUUACGAUGCCAGGGUGUGCAGCAGGCAGGCCAAAGCGUUAGCCGGCGACAUCCAGGAGAGAGUCAAAGACUUGGGUAUCGAGCGUUACAAACUCAUCACUGUGGUGCACAUUGGUGAAAUUCAGCAACAAUCGAUUCGUGUCUGUAGUCGAGGAAUCUGGGACGUAGAGGUGGACUCCUCAGUCACUUACCAAUAUCAGAAUGCAUCCCUCUACUGCGUGGCUACAAUAUUUGGUAUUUAUCAUGAAUAA